AUGCAUGUCACCAAAGAUCCUCAAAAUUUCAAAAUUGCCCUCUUUCCGGUUAACGAUGCACUCGGAGUCGAACUAAUAUCAUAUGCAAGACGCGUUUUAUCCCUGAUCCAAAGAAUUCGCCAGAAUGAUAUUUUUGAAAUCUCCGAGCACGUAUUAGACGGCGCAGCAACGGGCCCAGGAGUGGCUCUACAAACAUAUCGCAAUUCCGAUGCAGUCAUCACCACUGACCUCGAGGGCUACAAAUGGAAGAAUCAUUUCCAAAAAGACCUUGAAUUUGCAGCGAAGGUCAUACCUGUACGGCUUCCAAUCGCUGACUUAGCACGGAGGAGCUCGUAUAAGGCAGAUAUCUUGGAAAAUCUAGACAUAACUGUGAUACAAGAUUUUUGCAUCAAGAACGAUGACUAUGAGGAGCCCGGCCGGACAGAAAGGGUCGACUUUUCAGUACACUUGGCUGCAGGAUAUUCAAUGAAAUCCUUACCUGAGAGACCAAUCCAUAUCAUUUAUUCGGACGACAUCACCGCAUCAUGGAAAGACACUGUUAUAAAUGCCUUGCAGUCAAAGUUUUCAGGAAUCAAAGGGAGCUAUAUGUCCAUUACUGAUGCGGCCACGGUUCUGUCCCACAAUCCAACCACCCUGAAUGGUGUCAUUUUGACAAAUUCGGACGUUGUGUCAAAUCAAGUCGCAGGGAUCAUUGAUUGUCCUUAUAUCCUCCCAUCUGCCUCUGUCUCGGCUUCCCAAGGAGGAAAGCCUCGAGGAGUCUUUUCUCCUUUGCAAGCCCAAGUACAAGAAAGCCCUGUUAACCCCCUUGGCAUUAUUCAUGCCGUUUGCCUUAUGCUCGAAACUCUAGGGCUAGCCAAAGAAGCAGAAUCCCUGAAAAGGGCGAUUAUAAAGACCAUGGAGCCGAUCGAACAUAUUGGGUCAAAUAUGGGAACAGCCGAUAUAGGUGGAUCAGCGACAGCGGAAAUGUUUAUGGAAACGCUUUUGGAACAUCUUCACGGUUUCCUACAAGCAGCGAACUCUGUCGAGGCUGCAUCCUCUCGGUCGAUUCGUCAUUUUCCAGUAACAAAUAGACGUCCUAUGGGAGUAAUCGAGAAAAUCAUGACACAUAAUGGUGUUGGCCUUGAAGCACCCGAGGUAAAGCCCGGCGAUAUGAUAUGUGUCAAGGUUGAUUGGAUCUUGACAUCUGAGCUUCUAUGGGCUGGAAUGGAAAAGACAUACAACCAAAUGAAACGGCCCCAGCUGUAUCGGAAUGACCGUUUGUGGCUCGCGGUUGAUCACACAGUUGAUCCGCGAACUAAUCACCAACCUCGUCAACGAAAGCUUAUUGAAAAAGCAGAAGAGUUUCAACGUGAAGCUAAAAUAGUUGACUUCUUACCGGCCAACACUAGUAUCAUGCAUACAGAUUUCACACGCGAAAGAGCACUUCCAGGACAGAUUGUAAUAGGGAGCGACUCGCAUACUUGCUCUUCAGGCAGCAUGGGCGCAUUCGCCGUGGGAUUCGGCGCUGCCGAUGUUGUUUUACCUAUGGUGACAGGUGAAACUUGGUUUCGAGUUCCAGAGGUCUGCAGGAUCGACUUUGUCGGAAAACUACCAUUCGGUGUUAGCGGCAAAGAUGUUAUUUUGCACAUACUUGGACUAUUCAAACGGAAUACAAUUGCUUUCCAGCGUGCGGUUGAAUACGGUGGGCCUGGGCUUAAAGAGUUGUCUAUGGACGCGCGGUUUGCCAUUUCUAACAUGACUACCGAGUUUGGAGGCAUGGGAUCAUGUUUUGAAGCGGAUGAGAAUACCGCCGCUUGGAUAGCACAAAGACGACACUCGCAACAUCGAGGAGGCCUUUAUUUCCGAGCGGACCCUGGAAGCAGAUAUGCCGAGCAAAGAACCAUUGAUCUCUCUGGAGUGAAGUCGACAAUCGCUCUAUAUCCCAAUCCGGACAACGUAGUUCCAGUGUCUGAGAAGAUUGGAAUGAAACUGGACGGUUGUUUUAUCGGUGCGUGCACCACCACUGAAGAAGAUUUGAUUGUUGGUGCCUUGAUUCUUGAUGCUGCCCUCAAAGCUGGCACGACGCCUGUAUCUCAUGGCAAAAGAAGGGUAACUCCCGGCAGCCUAAAAAUUAUUCGGAAUCUCGAACGCCGUGGACUGUUAGAGAUCUACAGGCAAGCAAAAUUUGACAUCGGAGCCCCGGGAUGCUCUUACUGCGUCGGCAUCAACGACGUUGAUGUUGCAGGCAAAGGGGAAGUCUGGCUGUCGUCGCAAAACCGGAAUUUUCGCAAUCGCAUGGGAAUGGGCAGCUUUGGGAAUGUCACCUGUGCAGCAGUUGUUGCAGCAUCCAGCUUUAACAUGACAGUUACUGACCCUGCUCCUCUGUGGGAGCGGCUUAACAAAAACACGUUUCAAAAAUAUGUCAUGCACUGGAAGUACAGUGCCAGCAUUGUGCCUGAGACCCAAGAACCAGCCCCGGAGAUAACUGGAGCCCCUUCAUCGAGUUUUAAUCUCAGGAAUCCUUCAAAAAAUGAAAAAUCCAAGGGUCAACCAUUAAUCCGUUCAAAAGUUCAGCGCUUCGCAGAAAAUGUCGACACAGAUGCGAUUAUCCCCGCAGAGUUUAUGCCAGGAAUCGACAACGCAGACCUCGGCAGCCAUUGUUUCCAGUACUAUCGCCCCGAGUUCAGAGAGAAGGCACAAAACGGUUCACGAAUAAUUGUAGCCGAGUAUGGAUUCGGCAGCGGAUCAUCACGCGAAGAUGCGGUGAGAGCAUUGCUUGGGGCCGGAAUAGAAGCAGUAAUUGCUAAGAGUUUUGCAUUUAUUUACGAACGGAACCAGCUGAACAUGGGUCUAUUUAAUAUUCAACUGACAGAUAAGGAAUUCUACGCCAACACCAAAGAAGAUUCCGUUAUUCUCAUUGAUAGAGAGCUUAAAGCAGUUCAAAUUGAUGGGCUCGAAAGGGUUUUUCAUUAUCAGCACUCAGAUAUAGAAGCAACUCUUCUUGCAGAGGGAGGGGUUUUGCCCUUGUACAACAGAUACGGCGCCGCUGUGUUUCGCCAUAUUACGAAAUCCAACACUAGAAACGGAGGGAAAUCUGGAUUUCACAUAGAUGAACCGGAAAUGCGUGUGGAAAAGGAUACAUCGGAUAAGCCGAAAGCUCAAGGUCUGGAAUGGUAA